AGCCAGCGUUUUUGGCUCCAGCGUGCGGCGCGGAAGAUUUUGGAACUCGCCGUUCUCAGGUCAAUGUUCCGCCUGCGGCAACGGGCGGUUGCGUGCGCCGCGCGGCGCAAGUCCACCGUCUCGGGCACAUGGCCGGAGGGUGAGAUGAAGCUCGACACAAACUUUGUCCACGCGGCGGUGACGCCGGAGCCGAAGAGCGGCGCGAUUCUGACGCCGCUCUUCCUCUCCACUACGUUCAUCCAGGAAUCCGUGGAGAAGUACCUGGAAAAGGGCUUCAGCUACUCCCGAACCAACAACCCCACCGUCACGGCGCUGGAACAGAAGCUGGCUGUGUUGGAGAAUGGGUUCGGCGCCUCGGCCUUCGGCACGGGCAUGGCGGCCACCACCAGCGCCAUCUCGGCCACCAUGCAGGCUGGUGACCACUGCGUCAUCUCCGACUGCUCCUACGGUGGCACCAACAGGUCCUGCCGGGAGUUCUUCACCCCGCUGGGCAUGGAGUUCACUUUCGUGGACUUCCGUGACAUCGAGAACGUGAAGAAGGCCAUGAAGCCCAACACCAAGCUGGUCUUCAGCGAGACUCCGGCCAACCCGGUCCUGUCGCUGACGGACAUCGAGGCGGUGUCGGCCAUCGCCAAGGCCCACGGCGCCAAGCACGUGGUGGAUGCCACCUUCGCCACCCCGGUGAUUUGCCGGCCGCUGGACUGGGGCGCCGACAUGGUGAUUCAGAGCCUCACCAAGUACUACGAAGGCCACAACAUGAUGACGGGAGGUGCGGUCAUCUCCAAGGACCAGGAGAUGCACGAGAAGGUGAAGUGGGUGCAGAACGUCCAUGGCAACAUCAUCAACCCUUUUGCGGCCUACAUCAUCUUGCAGACCAGCAAGACGAUGCAUCUCCGAAUGAGGCAGCAGAGCGAGAACGCCAUGGCGAUCGCCCAAUUCUUGGAGAAGCAUCCGAAGGUCACCAAGGUGGUGUAUCCCGGGCUGGCCUCGCACCCACAGAAGGCCCUGGCAGACAAGUACCACCGGGAUGGUCUUCAUGGUGGCAUGCUGUGGUUUGACAUCGAGGGCGGAUCGGCAGCCGGCACAAAGCUCAUGAACGUGUGCCAGCGGCCCUGGAGCCUCUGCGAGAACCUGGGCGCCACCGAGAGCAUCAUCACGGCCUGCGCGGUCAUGACUCAUGCCAACAUGCUGAAGGAGGACCGACUAAAGGUCGGCAUCACUGACGGCUUUAUCCGUAUCAGCUGCGGCAUCGAGGAUAAGGGGGACCUUAUCCGCGCGUUGGAGACGGCCCUGGAUCAAAUUUGAACAGGUUAGGCGCCAAAGCUGUUCGGCUUUCGAGCGAAGGCAGAUUGCUGGAUGUGACCUGGAUUCAGCCACCGACAUG